CAGAGCUGAGCGAACGAAGGACAGAGCCUAGGUCCUCCAACUUUCAAAAUACCUGUUGCACACAAGCAUGGGGCUCUGUAACAAAUGUAAGAAUGUCGGCGUCUACGAGGCCUUGACCAGAUGGAAAGACGAAACCCCCGAGGAGCCACCCGUCCGCGAGGUCGGCAGCUGGCAUGGCCGUCUCCAAGACAUCCAUGAUUCUUCAGACAGCUGCAGUCUCUGCGCUCUGGUCAUCAAAGGCUGGCGUCAGCACCGCACUCAGAUUGUCCAGUCAGCGCUGGUGUCGGGCGACCUCCCCAGCCCGCCUGAGGACCUCUACGAGGACAUCCUAGCUAUUACCGCCUACCAGGGUGGCCUGAUAAAGGCAAGGCUCCGACGCAGCGAAACUAACUAUGAUGGCUAUCACAAGAUGCAAUUCUUCCUUGAGUUCGGCUGUCAGGUAGAGACACGUGCUUCUUGGGACGCCUAUGAGGAAGUGAUCGCUCUGUUCAGAAUCACCUGCGAUGAUGGUUCCACGUCUGCCGUGCCGUUAUAUCGAUUUGUUGACCCGGAUCCCCUUUCGGCUCAGGGCGUUGAAAUCUCGCGGACUUGGCUUGGCAACUGUGACAGCAACCACAAGUCGUGCAUCACACCGGCCGCCCAGCUGCCGACCCGCUACUUGGACACCUCUGAGGAUGUUUCCCCCGACAAGAUCAGACUUCAGGAGUUAAAGGAUUCCCCAAACCCUGGCGACAACCGCUACAUCGCUUUGAGCCACUGUUGGGGCAAGGGCCGCAAUCUGUGUACAACGCAUUCGACGUUGCAGAGCCACAAGAAUGGGAUCGAGAUAUCCAUCCUUCCACAGACAUUUAGAGACGCCGUCGCCGUUGUCCGAAAGUUGGGCAUCCGAUACCUCUGGAUCGACUCCCUCUGUGUAAUCCAGGACGACCUGCGCGACUGGCAGGUAGAAUCGGCAAACAUGGCCGCGAUAUACCGCGACUCCUACCUUGUCCUCGGCGCUGCUCGUGGGGAAUCAGACGCCCAAGGGUUUCUCGGAUCACGGCGCCAGCCAGACACGGCGACUCUCGCCUCACCGGACGCAGUAGGAAGCCUGGUCCUUCAGCUCCAGCCACCGGAGGCAAUCCGCUGGACCAACGCCGACGUCGACCCGACCUUCCACGAGCCUCUCGGGAAGCGCGCCUGGUGCCUGCAGGAGAGGUACCUGCCCCGUCGGAUGCUCCUGUAUGGGACGCAGCAGAUGUUCUGGGACUGCAAUGAGGUGAGUGCGAGCGAGGACGGCGACUCGAUGCGGCGCGACGGGGAUCGUCUGUUGAGGAUCUGCGCGACGGCAAACAUUCCUGUUUCGGUUCUUGCCAGGACUUGCAGGGACCAGACCGAUUGCAAGAAGGAUGUCAAUCAUGUAGACUGGUACAGAAUGGUCGAAAACUAUAUGAGCCGGGACAUCACCAAAACCUCGGAUCGCCUGCCGGCCCUGGCUGGUUUGGCCAAGGCCACAGCCGAGGCUUCGAAAGACGAGUACCUAGCAGGUCUGUGGAAGAGCGCCCUGAUCGAAGGCCUGACCUGGUGUGGCAGCCAGGGCGCUGAGACGCUCUCCCAUCCGGAAGAGUACAUUGCGCCGUCAUGGUCAUGGGCCUCCGUGGUUGGCUCUCUUCGAUUCCCCAUCUACACCUGGUGGCAAGACCGGGCGAGCUGGAGACGCAUGUCGGAUUUCGAACCCCUGGCGACGUAUGUUAGUCACACGUUCGAGCUCCAAGACCUUGAUCCACACGGGCGCCUCAAGGGGGGGAGCUUGCGACUCAGUGCAGCUCCAUUCCCCAUCGCAUCCAUUGAGCCCCGUCAAGAUGAUCCCCCGGAGAUCUUCAUAUACUUUGGACAAGAACCGGGUCGGUCUCCAUUCGCGGACAAAAAUAUCGGGCUGGUGCUGAAAACUCCACACGAAACGACCGAGAUUUGGGUGGAGGGUGGGUUCGAUAAACCACGUACCAAACAGCAGAAGUCUGGGUGGACGAUGGGUUGGAUGGAUCGUUGGAAAACGGGUCGGAGUCAACUCUUCGUGAUCUUCUUGACUCGGUUGCCCUUCAUCCUGGAGAACGGUUUCAUAGAGCAUAGGUUCGGUCUCAUUGUCGAGAAGGUGGGCGAGGACGAGAGAUACCAGAGGGUCGGCUUCGUUGACGGAUGUCUCCUUCGGAAGGUCUAUUCCAAAGAGCGGAGGCAGGCGAUGAAAUUGGCGCUCGACGGCCGGGCAGACAAAUUCGGAAUAGCGGGCUUUCGGCGGCCGUUACAAGAUGGCGACAUGCACGAGGUGGAUCGUCUAAAUAUUCUGGCGUACGACCCGUUGGCGCUCGAGAGUGAGUCCGAGAUGAGAGAGAUCGUCUUGGUGUAAGACAGGCUGGUUUUGUGCCGUUCUUAGAGAAGGGACACGAUGACGGAUGGAGAGUUUGACCUGUUGGUAUUGCAGGCAAAUCGGAGACUUGGGAUACAAAGUGGUGAGACAAUAAGCAGUCUUCAAGAAUGGAUUUAAGAGUCUUCCGUCCUCGGAUGCAGUGGUAAGAGUUAACGUCACCUAAGUAGUAAAGACAUCGAGUAUAUACCAUUUGCUGGGGGUUGAAAAAAACAAGAAAAAAU